AUGGCUCAGAUCAUGGCUAAGUUGAAUGACAAGGGAAAGGAAGUAGUAGGAGGUAGUUCUGAGAGGGAGACCCGGGUAGAGAUUACCACAGACACCACUGAGAGGAUGGGGAAUAGAGGGGGAACCAGGUUACCAAAGAUGGACUUCCCUACAUUUGAUGGAGGUAACCCCAGAGAGUGGGUUAGAAGGGCAAACAAAUAUUUCCAGAUUCAUGGAGUGGAAGAAGGGUUGAAAUCAGAUAUUGCUCAACUCCAUCUCCAGGAGAAGGCAGAUAUCUGGUUCCAUGGCAUGUACCAAGAGAAGGGGAUGGUUUCCUGGAAGGAGCUAGCAAUGGCAGUAUGUGAGAGGUUUGGAGAAGGAGAUCCGGAAGAGGCCAUAGAGGAGUUCAACAAAUUGAUGCAGACUGGGAGUGUAACUGAGUACUUGGAAAGGUUUGAACAACUAAAAUCCAUGGUAAUGGUAUCUCUUCCUGGUCAACCUGAUUCUUACUAUAAAUCAUGCUUUCUUAGUGGCUUAAAAGAAGAAAGAGUGAGUAUGGUUAGGAUGACCAGACCCCUUACCUUAGCAGACACCAUUGAAGCUGCUAAACUACAGGAGAGGAACUUGGAAGCCAUUAGGAAGACCCAAGGAAAAAUGAUGCAAAGAUACUCUUCCCCACCCAACAUCCCACCAGUCAACAAACAGAAUUUCCCUCCACAUACUAAAGUAAAGUGGCCUAACUUCCAACCUAAAAGGCCAGAGGCCCUUCCUAAUAGAAAUGCUAGACCUGGAACCCAGUCAGUAGACCAGUUCAAGAGAAUUACUCCCUCUGAACUGAGCUACAGGAGGGAAAAGGGGUUGUGCUUCAAGUGUGCUGAACCGUAUACCUUGGGACAUAUUUGCAAACAAGCUCACCUGAAUUACAUAUUGGUAGAUGAAUCUCUUGGGGUAGGGGAGACAUCAGAGGAACCAAGGGAAGACACAGAAGAAUUCUGUGACUGUCCAGAAGGGGAAUUGAGUAAUGAAAAUAUAGAAGUAUCCAUUCAUGCAUUGGCAGGGGGAACUGAGCAUAAGACCCUUAAGCUAAAGGGUAAGAUAAUAGGAAAGGAAAUCAUAGUCCUGGUGGAUAGUGGUAGUACUCACUGUUUUAUUAAUGAAAGGUUAGCAGAGACCAUACAACUACAAACUGGUGGGAGGCCCUUGACAGUCAAGGUUGCCAAUGGAGAACAAUUGGAAUCCAGGCAGCUGCAAGGGGCCUUACAGUGGGAAAUGCAGGGGCACAAAUUCACACAUCAGUUCAACACUUUGAAAUUGGGGAGCUGUCACAUGGUUUUGGGGGUGGAUUGGCUGGCUAGGUAUAGCCCCAUUGAGUUUGAUUUCAGGCAACUCUCCAUAAGAUUCAUACAAGGAAGGCAGCCUGUGGAGCUGAAAGGGGAAGUCAGUGAACUGAAACUCAGGGCCAUCAAAGGGAGUAAACUGGCCAAAUGGAGGAGAAAGCAAGCAUAUGGGAUAACUGCCCAGCUGUGUGUGGUAGAGGAAGGAAAAGAGAACUCUGAAGUAAUACCAGCUGAGAUGAAAGAUCUGUUGCACAGGUUUGAAGGAGUAUUUGCUGAGCCACAAGGCAUGCCCCCAAGGAGGAGCCAUGACCACAGCAUUCCAUUGAAGGGAGGAGCUACUCCAUUCCAAAUCAGGCCAUACAGGUGCCCCUAUGUGUAG